AUGGAAGACUUUUCAUUAGAGAAAGAAGCAUCGAAGCAUAUGGGAGAUAAGUUUGAAGAAUAUUUCAAAAGAUUAGGUGUCAAGGUUCAUUACACAGGUUUUCAAGGAUCUCGUCCGUAG